ACGUGUUUACCUUCUAUAAUGGCAAAAUGACUACCGCCGGUUUAGGAAUCGGCUUCGUUUCCGGUGUCUGCACAAACCACUUCGUCGCACUCGGGGAAGACAGCCCGGGACUCUUCAGUGGAACGCACACUUUUGCCCACGAAAUCGCUCAUCUGCUGGGAGCAAAACACGACGGAGACGGCCCAGACGCGGACGUCCCAGGACACCCUGGUGCAGAAGCUUGUCCUUGGAAUGACGGAUACAUGAUGAGCUACGUCAACAAAGGGCCCGAAUUCCAUCGUUUUUCGCCGUGCAGCUUGAACCAAAUGCGGCACGUUAUACGCCGUGUAGGAUCAGCGUGCUGGAAGGUGUCAUCAGCGGGGAGUGUUGUGAAGAGCGUAUACCCAGGAAUGGCAGUGACCUUCGAAAAGUUUUGCAAGGCUUUGCAAACCGACAAGGAAAACUCCACGUAUGAAUACGUCACCGUCCAACAAAGUUCCUGUAAAGUGGUGUGUCAUUUUUCCAGAGUUUUCACGUAUCUAUUUGCUGGUCAAAUACCGGAGCGCCACCGUGUAUCCUUUACCCUAAGGGAAGACGCGUUGGACUACAUGGAAUGUGGUUCCAAUCACGUUUGCAUACAAGGAGUGUGCGUGCAAAAGACUUCUGACGUUGAGGAACAGACAAAUGGACAGAUAUCGACUGAUGUCGUUGAGACCUCUUCUGCAGAAACAACCCCAACACCAACGACAAAAUCAACGACAAGACGAAGGUUCUGGUGGCGGCACAUGACAAAUAGGCCCUGACCAACGCGUUGGUAACACAAAUGUGGAAUCAGUGUGCGGACUUCUAAUGUGAAUCGUGCACAGUCUGUAAAAAUAAAUACAAUA